CGGUACAGAGAACUAGUUAGUUGAAGAUGGCUUCUACAGUAUUGCGCGUUUUCCUGUUGAUGGCAAUUGCCAUGCCGCUAAUUUUUGCCAACCCCCCUUUGCCAUGGGGAAUACCAGGCAUUAAACCUGAGGCCUCUUCCACCACUCUAGCACCAACUACUAGACAGGCUCCAACUAGAGGCACUUGUCCCGAGCCCAAUGAAGAAUUAUUGGCGUGCAUCCGUCAAUGGCCUUGCCAAUACCUUUUACGUCUCGAUUUACGCUGCCUCCUCAAUUUGAAUGGCCUUCCACUAAUUGGCAAUGCCUUGGGUGGUCUUCUGGGUGGAGGUGGUGGCCAAUCACCAACCCAACAGCCAGCGCUUGGCGGCGGCGGUGGCGGCAUCUUAGGCGGUUCCGGUGGUGGUCUACUUGGUGGCCCCGGUGGUCUACUCGGUGGACUUUUGGGAUAAUUUCGCAGCG